AUGUCCUUGUGUCAGAUGCUGGUCGCGCGAGGCAUUCCAGUGAACCAUACUGAUGAGAUGAAUCAAACGGCCCUCUUCUUUGCUGCCCGCCAAGGACAUGCAGACACGAUUCGAUACCUGAUGAGCCAGGGCGCUGACCCCAAUGUUGUGGAUACGAAUGGGGAAACUGCGCUGUUUUAUGCUGUCAGGAGAUUGAGGACAGAUGCGGCCAAGGCCUUGUUGGAAGGUGGGGCGAAUUUGGAAGUUGUCAACAAAGCCGGCAACACCUGUAUGAGUGUGGCGCCUGCUCCUGUAUUCCUUGCUUUGCAGGAGGAGCGAAAAAAACGGCGCCUGUAUGACAGCGACUCAGGUGCAGGGCCAAAGCGCCAGAGGACCGCAAUGGAAGCGCUGCGUGCAUGGGCCAGCGAGUGGCCAGCCAAGGAGCCCAACCCCAGAAACAAGCAAGUUAACUACAAACAGGAGGACAUCAUCAACAAAACUGAUUCCUAUGCUGUUCUUGGCAAGUGCCCAAAAGAAUGCGCGGCACAGCUGCGCAUCUCGGAGAAGAAUUUUGUGGCAGAUCAUGCCCGGUUCUUCGAGAAGCAGCCGUGGUUCGAGGAUCUGUCGCCUGAGGAGUGGUGCCAGAGCGUAGGGGUCAUUGCGGAUGAGGAAGGUGUCGCUGUGGAGGCCAUUAAGGAGGUGCUGGCUGGAAACAGGCCAUAUCACUUCACUCUCCCAUUGCUGGAGCUCAAAUCCAUGUGCGUUGCUGGCUACAUCCAUGCACAGUGGUUACCCGAGACGAACGAACUGUAUAUCGCGGCUCUCAAAGUAAAUGAAGAACACACGCGGCAAGGGUUGGGAAAGUUGCUGCUAGCAGCAGCUGAAUUGCACAGCCGUAGAAUUGGUUGGGAAUGCACCCAAACAUCCCUCGCCGUAUUGAAAACAAAUGAGCGGGCACUCAAUUGUUAUGCCAAAGCAAGAUUCUGCUAUGAAUCAAGCGGAAGCGCCCAGUGGGGCAAGAAAAUGCAUGUGGCAUCAGACUGGCAAAGAUGGAAGAAGGUCCACAAGCAUGUCUAUAGCAAGAAGGCCCCGGCCGCACGAGCAUGCCUACGACAUGAUGGUCUUCAUCAACCGUGA